UAGCUCAUUCUGAAAAUUAAACUGUGUAAUUUCCGAUUAAUAUUGUACUUCUCUUAAGAUUGGCGGUUUUUUGUUCAAAAAACGAAUUUUGAACUUCGUGCCGCUUUUUCCGGAAAAUUGCGAUCGGCACCGAGUUCGGCCGAUAACUAAUCAAUGAAAGGUGUGUGUCGAAAUUAAAAAAAAAAAUACUAAUAUCAGUUGAUUUUCUCUUGUGAAUCCGCGAAAAAUUCCUCAAGAGCUUUCUUCUACAAUUCGAAAAUGGCACCGCGUUCGUAACUUAACCAGGAGACAAGACUGCCCCAAGAAAAUGUCGAUGCCUAUCCGGAAGGGAAUGUCGAAGUUAAAGAAGAAACACUUUCGUGUUAAACACCAAAAGGUGAAGCUGUUCAGGGCGAACGAACCCCUACUCUCCGUCUUCAUGUGGGGCAUCAACCACACGAUCAACGAGCUGAUGCACGUCACGAUACCGGUGAUGCUCCUCCCGGACGACUUCAGAGCCUACUCGAAGCUCAAAGUCGACAACCACCUGUUCAAUAAGGAAAAUAUGCCGUCGCACUUUAAGGUGAAGGAGUACUGCCCGAUGGUCUUUAGGAAUAUCCGGGAACGUUUCGGGAUAGACGAUCUAGACUAUAAGGAGAGCCUGACCCGCUCGCAGCCGCUACCCGACGACUCCUCGGGGAAGAGCGGCGCGAAAUUUUACCACAGUUACGAUAGGUUAUUUGUAAUUAAGACGCUCACGUCGGAGGAGGUCGAGCGUAUGCAUUCGUUUCUUAAGCAUUACCAUCCGUACAUCGUGGAGCGACACGGAAAAACUUUACUACCGCAGUAUUUGGGCAUGUAUAGGCUAACGGUCGAUAAUGUCGAACAUUACAUUGUCGUCACCAGAAAUGUGUUCUCCAAUCAUUUGAGUACGCAUCGGAAAUUUGAUCUCAAGGGAUCGACGGUCGACAGGGAGGCCUCCGACAAGGAGCUGGAAAAGGAUCUGCCCACUUUAAAGGAUAACGACUUUGUUAAUCAGCAAAUGAAAGUUUACAUUGGCGACGAGGCGAAACUGAAAUUACUGAACACGCUGAAUGCCGACGUCGAAUUUCUGACGAAACUGCACCUCAUGGACUACAGCCUACUGCUAGGUAUCCACGAGGUGGAGAGGGGCGAGCAGGAGCUGCAGCGCGAACGCGAGAACGAGUCCGACAACACGGGCCUCGACUCGGACGAGAGCGAGACCGGCUCCGGACUGGAGGGCCGCAAUCUAGGCAUCGGCACGCCGCCGGACUCGCCGAACGCCGUCGCCCAGUUCAUCAGGGAGCACAGUCUUCAGUACGAAGGUAAUAUUAUUCCAGAGUUGGAUAUUUACGCGAUUCCGAGCUGUGAUACGGCGCCGGUGAAGGAGAUCUACUUCGUUGCCAUUAUAGACGUCCUCACGCAUUACGGCGUCAAGAAGCAGGCGGCGAAAGCGGCCAAGACUGUCAAGUACGGGUCGAACGUCGACGGUAUCAGCACAUGCGAUCCAGAGCAGUACGGGAAGCGGUUUAUUGACUUCAUGUCGAAGGCGAUCGAGUAGAUGUGUACACCUUUUUUAUUUUCUGUUUUUUCACUAAAAUGAGAUUGUCUCUACUUAAUUAACACUAGAAACUAAGAGUAACACGACAUUUGCUCAUUCCACUUCUCCAAUAUUGCAAGCUGAACUGUUCUGUUUUGUACAGCUCAAUUUGUUAUGCAGAGUGGAAGUUGACAGUUGGUACCUCCGGGAUAAGUUGGUGAAAAUAUACCUCUAACCAAGUAAGGUAAGUAGUGUAAAUCUCUUUUUCCUAGAACAAAUACGACUGUCGGUGAUUUUUUUACAGGAUAUAAUAAUAAGAAAUAAAAAUUUUGGAUUUUUAAAAUUGAACACAAAAAUUAUUUUUUUCAAGCGAUACAGGUCCAAUUUUGACAGACUUCCCAUCUUUGAAAUGUAGAAAACUAAACAAUUUUUUUAGAAUGUGCUUGAAUUGCCAAAAAAAUGGUCACCGACAUUGAGUAAUGAUGAAACUUAUUUUUGUUAAAGGUUUAAGGGCACUUUUCAUCGUGUUAUCCUGGGGGUAUCCUUUCCGGCUUUAAACCUGUAUAAUCGACCGAUCGAUUGUCACGCCAGUGCUACGGUGCAAUAUAUACGAUAAGAUAACAUGCUGGUGGUGCUAUCGCGGGGAGGUUUGCAUUUCUCUCACAUUCGACACUGGUAGUGAUUAAGAUGGUCUUCCUGUCGGUAGGUUUUUGGUGGGGUAACUUCCGGAUUAUAUAUUUUUGUAAGCGAACAACACGUCGUCGGCUGCUACUGGUUGCCAUACACCGUUUCACUUAUAUCCAUAGUAAACCGUCAGGGUUACCAAAUUUGCUGUGUCUGCUUUUUUUACGAAAUGGCAACGUCGCAAAAGCGGAGACACUUGUUCAGUGGAAAACGGACUAUUUUCGUUCGGUGUGAUCCGGAUCGCGCACGAUCUCACUGAUUUGUUUAUAUAGUGAUGCAACGACUGUUAUAUUUUUGUGGCUUAACUUUGCCUUCAAAUCGAACAAUAAAUGCAGUUUUAACGGCAAUAGCACAAAAUUCUAUAUUGUAUACAUAUCUUUAUAAAAGCAAUUUGCGAACCAUUAAUAGAGUAAGAAACCUACUUGCGCACGCGCGGCGCACUAUAAACUCAUAGAUUGAGGGUGACACUUUACGUUCUCAAUAUUCGUUGCAACACUAAAUUAUCCAAGGAAGAAAAGGAAACUUAGACUUAGAUAUAUCAAUAACGCAUGUGAUUUUAAUACUAGACGUUUCUAAUAAUUGUGUGUAUCAGGUGCUGUAAUCUCGCUAACUUAAGGGAAAGUUUAUCGACGUACCAUAAAAUAAGAGUACUCUUUUCUACAUUUGAUAAAUUUCUAUUUGAAGAUCACCGAUUUUAUUAUAUUUAUGCUCCGGAUUACAUGUGGACUGGUGCGUACGUAACGCUUCGUAGCGCUUCUAACCGUGAUGCCAAAAAAAAUGGUUUAUUUAGUUUAAUGUUGAUAGAUUAGUGUUCCUUGUAUGUAUAUUACAAAAAAAAAACGUGUUAAUGAGUGGUAUUAUUUGUUUUCUUUGUGUACAUAUGGCAUUAUAUGUAAAUCAUCUAGUCUUAAUUAGUCUAAGGUGUGGAAUUACAUUUAUUUGUAUUAGCUUUAUAUAUUUUUGUUAUUACCGUGAGGCCAAAAAUGAUUGCCCUCAGUAUAUGGUGUUUAUGUUUAUAAAUACAUUUUAAAUCUC